GCAAAUCUUGUCCCGCUGUGGACACACUGUUUUCGGCAGACAUUUGUUCUAUCGAAAGCCGGUGUCAUUAUGAGUGAACCCAGCCUGAAGCAAGUAUAUGGAGCUUUUUAGGAGUUGGGAAUGCUCUGUAAGAGCGCUAGAUCCUACUCUUCUUAUAAGGUUUUCUUAAUGAGGAAACGGAUGGACAUCUUGGCACUGACAAAAUGACACGGACUCUCACUAUCCUCGCUUGCCUUUUCACUUUUAUAAAAUGUGGCAACUCUGCAGACUCAGAGGAGCGUCUGAUGAACUCCCUGCUGGGAGAGGGUCGCUACAACAAACUGAUCCGCCCGGCGGUCAAUCGGACAGAGCGAGUGACUGUGAAACUACAGGUGUCCCUUGCCCAACUCAUCAGCGUGAAUGAGAGAGAACAGAUUAUGACCACCAAUGUUUGGCUCACCCAGCAUUGGGAUGACUACAGGCUGUCGUGGGACCCUUCUCAAUAUGACGGCAUUGACAAGCUUCGUAUUCCUUCAAGACACAUCUGGCUACCUGAUAUUGUGCUCUAUAACAAUGCGGAUGGAACAUAUGAGGUGACAGUCUUCACCAAUGCCAUUGUCCAGUUCAAUGGCAGCAUCUUCUGGCUCCCUCCAGCCAUCUACAAGAGUGCCUGCAAGAUCGAGGUCAAGCACUUCCCCUUUGACCAGCAGAACUGCACGCUCAAGUUCCGUUCCUGGACCUAUGACCACACCGAGAUCGACCUGGUCCUGAAGUCAGAGGUGGCCAGCAUGGACGACUUCACGCCCAGUGGGGAGUGGGACAUCUUGGCCCUGCCAGGAAGACGGACCGUCAACCCUACGGACCCCACCUACGUAGACCUCACCUACGACUUCAUCAUCAAGAGGAAGCCGUUGUUCUACACCAUCAACCUCAUCAUCCCCUGCGUCCUCAUCACCUCGCUGGCCAUCCUGGUCUUCUACCUGCCCUCCGACUGCGGCGAGAAGAUGACCCUGUGCAUCUCGGUCCUCCUCGCUCUCACCGUGUUCCUCCUUCUGAUCUCCAAGAUAGUCCCCCCCACCUCACUGGACGUGCCUCUGAUCGGGAAGUACCUGAUGUUCACCAUGGUCCUGGUGACCUUCUCCAUCAUCACCAGCGUGUGUGUCCUUAAUGUGCACCACCGCUCCCCCAGCACACACACCAUGCCCUCCUGGGUCAAGGUAGUGUUCCUCAACCAGCUGCCCCAUCUGCUCUUCAUGAGACGCCCUCAGAAUAACUCUGCCCGCCAGAGGCUUCGCCAGCAGAGGCAUCUUUGCACCCGCAGGUCCGUUCUUGGAGGCCUGUCCUACCCUACCACCUCCACGUCCAAGACGGCUACUCCCGCCACGGCAGUGCCCUCCUCCUCUGUCUUUCUCUCCUCUGCAUCUGCCUUUUCAUCACCGGGGCACUUUUACAGCAAAGCCGCCGCUCCAUUGGGUUACGCCCACACCUCCAGGAAGGGGGACGUCCGCUCUGCAGACUUCCUGCCCAACGGCUACCCCUCCUACCAGGACCCGCGUCAGAGACGAAGCCCAGACUGGGGUGCAGAUGUCCAGGAGGCAGUGGAUGGGGUCCGUUUCGUGGCUGACCACAUGAUGGAUGAUGACGAUGACCAGAGUGUGAUUGAAGACUGGAAGUAUGUGGCCAUGGUUGUGGACCGUAUGUUCCUGUGGAUCUUUAUAUUAGUGUGUGUGACCGGCACGCUGGGUCUUUUCCUCCAGCCUCUGUUUCAGCAGUCUAUAGUCCCUCUCCAGCAGGCCAGCUCAGACACACCACGUAGCUGAUCCUCAAACCUGGAAGGACAAGCAUACAGAGACCUGAGGUUGUAGCCCACUAACCAACACUCUGGUUAUACAGCAAUACAAGCCUCUUUAGCUCUGUCUGAUGCUACAACCUUGUCUUAACAUGACACAAAGGUACGAAAAGGAGAGCUAAGAAGAUGGACUAUCACUAAAACCAGCUCAAAAAUACAAUAAUGUAUUGAUAUGGACUGUGGUAUGAAGUGCUGUUGAAUAUCUUAUGUUUCAUUUAUAUCCCUGUUAUAGAAUCAGGUUUCAAUGUAAUAUGUCAUUAAAGGUUAUUAAAGGAUGUUCAGUGUGAUAAAAGAGAAUUAGUUGGCUCAAUUAAAACAAUUUCUAUGUGCCAGUCAUUGAUAAGAUGGAUACUGGGCCAAAUCUUGAAGCUCAGCACAUAAUUAUGAUUAAAGCUAAGAUGAUCAGCCUACUCACUGAUACAAUGUACUCUAUAUAUAAUUAAUUAGCUUAUGUGUGAUUUACAUGUGUGAAU